CGGGCGGGCGGGCGAACCAACCCCUGGGCCUCAUGGCGUCGGCCGUCCCCACGGCGCUGGCCACGGGCCUGGCCACGGAGGCGGCGACGGCGACCGGCACGGCGGCGGCGGCGGCGGCGGCGUCGGGCCCGCUGAGCGCCUUCCUGUGGAUGCUGGUCUUGGGCUUCGCCAUCGCCUUCGUGCUGGCCUUCUCGGUGGGCGCCAACGACGUGGCCAACUCCUUCGGCACGGCGGUGGGCUCGGGCGUGGUGAGCCUGCGGCGGGCCUGCGUGCUGGCCUCGGUCUUCGAGACGGCCGGCUCGGUGCUGCUGGGCGCCAAGGUCAGCGAGACCAUCCAGAAGGGCCUCAUCGACGUGAACCUCUACGACACCACCCCGGAGCUGCUCAUGGCCGGCUCGAUCAGCGCCAUGUUCGGCUCGGCCGUGUGGCAGCUGGCCGCCUCCUUCCUCCGGCUGCCCAUCUCGGGCACCCACUGCAUCGUUGGGGCGACCAUCGGUUUCUCGCUGGUGGCCAAAGGACAGAAAGGGGUCCAGUGGUCGGUGCUGCUGCAAGUCGUCUUGUCCUGGUUCGUCUCCCCGCUUCUUUCUGGCAUAAUGUCCGCCCUGCUGUUCUUCCUGGUCAGGCUGUUUAUCCUCAACAAGGAAGAUCCUGUUCCAAAUGGGUUGCGUGCACUUCCCGUUUUCUAUGCUUGCACAAUUGGGAUCAAUCUCUUCUCAGUCAUUUAUAGUGGAGCACCCUUGCUGGGCUAUGACAAAGCUCCCCUCUGGGGCACCAUCCUUAUUUCUUCAGGGAGUGCUCUUGUGUGCGCUCUCGUCGUCUGGUUUUUUAUCUGCCCAAGAAUGAAGAAGAAAAUUGAACAAGAGAUCAAGCCCAGCCCUUCUGAGAGCCCGUUAAUGAGGAAGAAGGACAGUCUGAAAGAACAAGAUGAAAUGAAGGUCACCGACAGCAGCAUGGCUGAUGUGGAAGACGGGCCCAACCCAGUGGAGGCGCCUCACAGAGCAGCUCUUGAGCCGAGGGCGGUCUCUUUCAACUUGGGAGACCUGGAGGAGAUGCCGGAAGGGCAGAAGCUUCCCAAGGUUGAGAUGAAGGAAACCGUCAUUGACAGCGGAGCCAUGCAGCUUCCCAACGGGAGCCUCGUUCAGCUGAACCACAUGGUGAGCAACCACAUAGGCUCCAGCGGACAUUACCACACUGUGCAUAAAGAUUCUGGGCUCUACAAGGAGCUCCUCCAUAAACUUCACCUGGCCAAAGUGGGCGACUGCAUGGGCGACUCCGGAGACAGGCCCCUGCGGCGCAACAACAGCUAUACCUCUUACACCAUGGCCAUCUGCGGCAUGCCUCUGGACUCCUUCCGGGCCAGGGAGGCGGACCCCAAGGGAGCAGAGGAGAUCGAGAAGCUGACGUGGCCCGGAGUGGAUUCCAAGAAGAGGAUCCGCAUGGACAGCUACACCAGCUACUGCAAUGCCGUGGCCGACGCCCAUCCCACCGACGUGGACUUGCAGAAAGUGGAGGUGGGGGCCGCCGCUCGGAAGGGCAGCGACUGCUCUCUGGACGAAUGGCACGAGCAGGACAAGCCGGAGGUGUCUCUGCUCUUCCAGUUCCUGCAGAUCCUGACCGCCUGCUUUGGCUCCUUCGCUCACGGGGGGAACGACGUAAGCAACGCUAUCGGCCCUCUGGUUGCCCUCUACCUGGUCUACCAAACGGGAGGUGUGUCUACCCAGGUAGCCACCCCUAUUUGGCUUUUACUCUACGGAGGUGUUGGGAUCUGCAUGGGCUUGUGGAUCUGGGGAAGGAGAGUCAUUCAGACCAUGGGCAAGGACCUCACGCCCAUCACACCUUCCAGUGGCUUCAGCAUUGAGCUGGCAUCCGCUUUGACGGUGAUCAUUGCUUCAAAUGUUGGCUUGCCUAUCAGCACAACUCACUGUAAAGUAGGAUCAGUGGUGUCUGUAGGCUGGCUGCGCUCGAAGAAGGCUGUGGAUUGGCGCCUGUUCCGCAAUAUCUUCAUGGCCUGGUUUGUUACUGUCCCCAUUUCUGGGCUCCUCAGCGCAGCCAUCAUGGCUCUGUUCAAGUACCCGAUCCUGGGAGCCUGAAACGGAUGCGCUGAGGGCUUUGCUGCACCAGCCUCGGUCUGCAUCUUUCGCCAAGUGGCCGAAAACAGUGUUAAGGUGGCUCCACCAAUUGCAAAAAGGGCAGAGUGUAUUCCUCGUGCUGUAUCUGCUGCUUUGCCCAACCUCGUUCUUGGCACUAGAAAAGUGCUACGUCUACAAAUCAUUGUGUCUAUAUUUCUAAAGGUUUUUUUUUUUUAAAUCUGGCUUUAAGUUCAUAUUUAAUGUUGUCAGGGGUAUCAUUCUUCUUUCGCAAGCUAAACACAAACUUUAGUGAGCACAACGAGGAAGAAUGUAAGCUAGCAGAAAAUGGGUGGCGGGUGCCACUUUUAUAAAUGAAAUCUUUUUAAAUAAAAAAAAACAGGCUGUCUGGGAUAGAUGUAUGGGUGGGCAAUGAUGACUUUACAAUAGUUGUGUGUUCUUGAUAUGAUGUGCUUGCAAGUAGCAAUACCCAAAGUAGUUGGAGAUUACAAAAACAACUGAAUUAGUUAAAAAAACAAUCUAUACAAUUUACAAAGCAGAGUGGAUUGGCUAAUAAGCCAUCCUUUUCCCUUUCUGGACGUAUUAAGGUUCUUGAAGAAGUAAUUUCCUAAGUGUGUGUGUGAGAGAGUGAAAGAUCAAAGAGUAUCUUAUUUAAUACUUUUUUGCUACCUGGAAUCAUUCUUGGAACAUUCAGAUGAAUAAAUAUUUAACAAAUUUUGCAGGAACUGUGUUUGAAAAGUUCUGUAUUAUAUAUCUUGUAUAGUUCUAAGAAUGGAAUUAAAUAUUUCUGCCUG